AUGAGGGCUGCAACACUUCGCAUUGUAUUGGCACUAGCUGCAAUUGAUGACAUGCAUUUACGUUCUGUUGAUAUCUCAUAUGCAUUCACCAAUGGGGACAUUGAUGUUGAAAUCUACAUGAAGCAGCCUGAAGGGUUUGUGCAAUUUGGCAAAGAGUAUGUCUGCAAGCUGAACAAGUCUCUGUAUGGGUUAAAGCAAUCAGCAUGGUUAUGGAGUGAGAAGCUCACCAAAGUCUUAUUGGAAAUGGGAUUCAAGAAGACCUACAGUGAUGCUUCACUCUUCAUCUUUGAUCCACUUCUAUAA